AUGUUUCUAACUUCACUUCUUUUAACGCCUUAUACCAUCCUUCUUCUGCCGGUUAUCUUCUAUCUUCUCCCCUACCUUCGGAACUGGCAGAUCCGCGACAUACCGGCGCCAUUCCCAGCCGCUUGGACCAAUCUCUGGCUGCUUUACCAGUGCCGCCGCGGGAAGCGUUUCCUUGCCGUUCACGAAGCACACCAAAAGCUUGGAAAGUUUGUUCGUAUUCAGCCUCAUCAUGUCAGCAUUGCUGAUGCAGACGCCAUUACCCAAGUCUACGGCCAUGGCAACGGCUUCUUGAAGAGCGAGUAUUACGACGCUUUCGUAUCCAUUAGGAGAGGGCUGUUCAACACUCGGGAUCGUGCCGAGCACACCAGGAAGAGGAAGACGGUCGCCCACACUUUCUCUGCCAAAAGUGUCUUGCAGUUCGAACAGUAUAUCCACCACAACUUGCAGGAAUUGCAAUACCAGUGGGAUCGCCGAGCGGAUGGUGCUAAGAACCAGGGCGGAUGGUAUAACAUGGAUGCGCUGAACUGGUUCAACUACCUCGCUUUUGAUGUCAUUGGUGACUUGGCUUUUGGAGAGCCUUUUGGCAUGCUGAGGAAGGGAAAGGAUGAGGCUGAGGUCGCCAAGGAUGGAAAGAUUACAUAUGCACCGGCUAUCGAGGUCUUGAAUCGAAGGGGAGAAGUCAGCGGAACCGUCGGAAUUUUCCCUGCCAUCAAACCCUAUGCAAAGUACUUCCCGGAUCCAUUCUUCAGCAAAGGCAUGAAGGCCAUCGAGAAUCUUGCUGGUAUCGCCAUCGCUCGUGUCAACGCUCGUCUUGAAAAGCCAUCCGACCGUGUGGACCUACUCGCCCGCUUGAUGGAGGGCCGCGACGAAACCGGCAACAAACUCGGUCGUGAAGAGCUUACAGCAGAAGCCCUUACCCAACUAAUUGCCGGCUCAGAUACCACUUCAAACACCUCGUGCGCUCUCCUCUACCACUGCCUCAAACACCCUGAAGUUGUCAAAAAGCUACAGAAAGAGUUGGACACUGCGCUUCCAGACCCAGACGCCGUCCCCUCCUAUGCUCAAGUCAAAGACCUUCCAUACCUGGACGCUGUGAUUAAAGAGGCGAUGCGCAUCCACAGCACCUCGUCUCUCGGACUUCCGCGCCUCAUCCCCCCUGGUCCUGGCAUCACGAUUCUCGGCCGUCACUUCCCUCAAGGCACCGUCCUCUCCGUGCCAGCAUACACGAUCCAUCACUCGACCGAGAUCUGGGGCCCCGAUGCAGACACGUUCCGUCCUGAGCGCUGGGAGAACAUUACAGAGAAGCAAAAGGCAGCGUUCAUUCCAUUCAGCUAUGGUCCACGAGCUUGCGUGGGCAGGAACGUCGCUGAGAUGGAGCUGGCAUUGAUUGUUGCGACGGUGUUUAGGCGGUAUGAGUUUGAGCUUCGACAGGAUGAGAUGGAGACUAGAGAGGGCUUCUUGAGAAAGCCAUUGGGAUUGGAGGUGGGAAUGCGAAAGAGGGUGUUCUCGUGA